UCGACUAACGGCAGUAAUAUGUGCUCCAGUUGUUCAAACAGAGCUAAAGGAUGGUGGUUUUUCGGUAUUUCAGUAUUAGCCAUUGGCCUUGCUCUAAUUUUCGGAUUUGCUUGGCCGCAGCUCGUCCGAAGUGAGAUAGAGAAGCAGUUUGUGUUGCAACCCGGUUCGCAAAUAUUCGACAACUGGAUGGAAGCUCCGGUACCGAUGUUCCUGGAAGUGUACUUAUGGAACUGGACCAAUACAGAGGAUUAUCGUAGUGACAAUUACAAACCUCGUCUAGAACAACUUGGUCCGUAUACUUUCCGGGAAGUUCAUGAACGCGUAGAUUUGCAGUGGAAUGAUGAUUACACAUUAACAUUCUACCAGAAGCGGAUCUGGUACUACGAACCAGAGCUUUCCGAUGGAGAUUUUGAAAAUGACAUAGUAAUAUCGAUUAACCCUGUUCUGCUGUCUGUUGGUUACGCCACCAUGAACAAUCCUUUGCAGUCGUUUUUAGAUUUGAUGAUUAGCGCUAGUCCGCACAUCAUAAAUUCACCCUUCUACGUAGUACCAGUAAAGAAGAUCCUGUUCGAAGGUUACGAUGAUUACUUUCUCACAUCGUUACUGGAAAUAGCGAAGGAAAAUCCGGGGAUUGUAGAUGCCAUUGAACUACCACAAUUCGAUAAAUUUGGUUGGUUCUAUGGGCGAAACGAGAGCGAAACCUAUGAUGGAAGUUACACCAUUGGAACCGGUGUAGAUUCCUUCGAUACGAUGGGAAUGAUGCACCGUUGGAACAACGUGAAGCAAACCCAGUUCUUUCGGGGUGAAUGUGGUUUGGUUCAUGGUUCUACGGGUGAACUGUGGCCACCGUUUCAAGAGGUACAGAAAUCUAAUGUCUCCGUAUUUUCUCCGGAUAUCUGCAGUGUUAUGACCCUCGAAUUCGACGGCGUCUACAGUUCCCAUGGUAUCGAUGGAUACAAGUGGAAGGGUAAUGAGCGACCAUUUGAUAAUGGACACACGUACAGUGAAACUGAAUGUCAAUGCACUGCACUAGCCACUGAGUGUCCUGUAUUUGCUGCUGGUGUGCUAGAUGUGUCACGGUGUAAAUCGGGAGCCCCGGCAACUGUGUCCUACCCACAUUUCUAUCUGGCCGAUCCGAUCUAUCGACAAGAUGUCGACGGCAUGGAACCAAACAAAGAACAGCACGAAUUCUUGCUAGCACUAGAACCUCAUACCGGAGUACCACUUUCGGUGAAGGCCCAGUUGCAAGUCAAUCUUGUAGUGAAAAAAUAUGGAAUUACUUUACUCGAUGGGAUCCCAGAUGUGAUGCUACCGAUUCUAUGGUUCAGACAAAAAGCGGAUCUAUCGGAAGAGCUUGCAAGUGAUGUAAAGCUUCUUCUUAUACUACCGGAUAUUGGAAUAUAUAUUGGCAUUGGGCUGGCCGUUGUAGGAGUAAUAUGUGUAGGAUUCACAAUAUUUUUCUGUUUGCGAGUAAGGUGGAACAAGAACUAGUAGAAUUGAAAAUAAUUCGGUUUUUACGAGAUACAUUUUUUAAUUCAAUAUAUUUUUUAUUCGGCUUACAGUUACUUUUUUAAACUAACUAAAUACAAGGAUGUUUACAUUUUUCAAAUAAAAAGAUUUAUUCAUGAAUUUUCAAUAUUUAAUAAUUAAAGGAAACAUGACAAGAAAUAAUAGUUACGUAUAGAAAAAUAUAUAUGAAAUUUACACGACAGGAAAAUCAAUAGUAACAUGGAGUAAACAUGGGUUGAAUCGAAAGUUUGAUUGAAAACCAUCAUCGAAGCAACACUAGAUUCGAUCGCAGUAUCAGUAUCAGUAUCUUUCAAUUAACGCUUAGUUUUGCGAUUAAAUUAUAUUCACGCGUACAGAAUUGUAAAGUAAGUUUAAGUUUAAUUGUCUGCUUCAAAAAUGGA